AGAGCUUUGGUGUUGUUGCCAAUUUUAUUUUAUUUAUUGUUGUAUUUUUUUACGGCGUUGUUAUGGCUCUGAAGCACCUGCUGAAUUCCUCGCGCAGGUUGUAGCAUAGUGGGCAUUCCUUGUUCGAAACCGAACGAGUGAGAGUGGAAGAUCAGACGAAGUGCUUUAAACGGAAGGAGAAAAAAAGGAGUGGACGCGUGAAAACAUGAUCGCCUUGCAGGCGACCCUAGCAAUAUUUGCUCUGACUCUUUGGUUGGAGGUGUGCGCUGAAAUACUCAGAGGUUACCCCUGCAUAAGACGGAAGAACCAACUCUACUGCCCAUCACCGGGAAAUACGUAUCCCAAUUCUACGGAAGGGGAAGAAAGCCGGUCGGAAAGGGAGAGGAGGAGCAAGAGAGAUCGCAUCGAAAAGUUUAUCGACGAGAACAAAGCUCUGGUCAAGCGAAUGGUUGGAGAGUAUUCAUUCGGAAGCGAAGACGAUUCCAAUAACACCCCUUCCUUCAAAUUUGAUCAGUUCGAAACAUACGAUGGUCAUCCUGUUCACAGCAGAAAUAAGAGAGCCAGAACGGCAUUCGGAGCAUCACCAAAUAAAGUUGAUGCUUGUGAGUCAGCCGUUGAAAUUGUCACCCCUUACUGGGCAUCGAACAGUGCGGGAAAAAUAAGAGCAAUAGUCAAUACGCAGCAUCUGCAGCAAGCAAUACAGCAAGAAGUUUGCCAGGCCGUCCAAACUAAGAAAUGCAACGGAGACUGCAAUUGUGAGCAGAAGUAUAAGUGGCACAGGUUACUGGCUUACGACCCUGACGAUGACUGCAAGGGAAUCUUCAUGGAUUGGUUCCUAUUCCCCUCCUGUUGUGUCUGCAGGUGUCUCAGCCCCCUCAAACAGUGACGAGCAAUCGCAUAAUCGAUUCGCAAAUGUGAUUUACGAAUCCAGGCAGAAGAGACUAAUGUUUCUGAUGGAAAAAUUCUUUUUUAAUCACCAUUGUCAUGUUUGAGCUUUUGAAGUGCCCAAAGAACAAUAGACUCCAACUAUUACGAGAGAUUGAUCAAUGACAAUCAAUACUCUUGGAGCAAAAGCACACGUACUGAAUUUAGGAAAACGUAAAAGAGAAUAUAGGGAGAAUGUAUUUGAAUUUAUUUGGAAAAGAAAUUGGUAACUAUUUUCGUGAAAGAAUUCAAGCGAAAAGAAAUAAGUUUAUGAUUGUGUAUUUAAAUUUGUGUGUAAAUGUUUAAUUAUUAGUUUAUUUUCUUACAAAAAAUCUAAAUAAACAAGACAAAAUGUCUACUAGUAAUGAAUUUAUAUUGUAUUUAAAUAUUUAAUUAAUCGAUAAUAUUUUAUGAAAGAGCAUUGUCUAAAGAUAAAAAUAGUAUCAGAUGAAUAAUUUAAAUAUAAAAAAUAAGCAAAGAAUAGAAAAAAUAAGCAAAAUUUGUAAUA